AUGUAUGAUAAAUUGACUUCACCUAUCAAGUUAGCUUUAGUUAAAGAUGAAGAUAGAGAUUUUGUAUUAUCAUUAGAAGCAUCUAUUUUAAAUUUUAUUAAGAGUAACGAUGAUACCGAUAAUAAUCCUAUAACAGAUCAUAAUUGUGCUGGUAUUAUCGCUAAGAAGGAUGAAAAUAACCAUGUAGAAUGCUUAUAUUUAGAACCUAAUUUAAACUCUUAUUACAGACUACUGUCUCAUCAAAUAGCCGAAUAUUAUGGUUUACAGCAUUUUCUAAUUAAAAGAAAAAAUCUAAUUAUGUUGAAAAAGAGGAAAACAGAAAAUGACAGUUCCCGGUCCUUAGUAUUACCCGAUAAAUUAAGGGACAUUUCAAUUGCUAACUUGAAAAAAGACUUGAUUACAAAUGGAUAUUAUACUGUACAAAAUGAACUAAAUAAUACUACUGCUAUUACCAGUUCUAAAAAAGAUAUACAAGAAAAUGAUCAGAGUGCUGUAAAAAACAAAAAUGUAGAAUAUCGUUCUGAUUCACCUCAACCCCAUGAUUUUGAAACCUCUAGCUAUAAAAUAGAAUUACAAGAAAGACAGCAAAUAUAUUACACUGAUAAUUACAUCAAUGCUAAUAGUAGUAAUGGCAAUAAAAGGGGAGGUAAUUAUAUUAGUAUUAAUGGAUAUUCCAGUAAAAAUAACCAUGAAAAUAAUAUCAGCAAAAUUAAUAAUAAUAAUGGCAUGGUUUCAAAUAACAAGGCUCACGCAUACCAAAAAUAUUAUAGCGGUACCGUAACUAACAAAACUAAAAAUUACUGCAAUAAUAAUAACCUCAAUUAUAAACAUAUGUCACUAAAUAAUACUAACACAAACACUUUCCUAAAUAGUCAAAAUCAGAUGUGGGUUCCAAUGGUUUAUCAGCACCGAGCACCAAUACCAAUCAUACAGACUGUUAUGCCACAACACAAUAAGAAUAUUACGGAUACUCGGCACUUUAUUCCUAUUCGACUUAAUAAUAAUGCUAAUACAGUCAUAUCAUCAACUCCUUAUUCUUCUUAUUCGCCCGUUAAUAGUGAACAUGUUUUGAGUCAUUCGUCUACCUCUAUGCGACUAUUGAAUGUUAUGUCACAAGAUACUGAUAUUGGUACCAUUUCCGAAAUCGAUCACCAAAAUGAAAAUAGGUUUGAAGUUCUUGAACAGGAACAAGGAAAGUUUGUAACUAAUAGCGAGAGUCACAACAUAGGUGAUGUGGAUGCUGGCGAUAAUGGUAAUACAAAAAAUGUAGAGAAUAAGAAAACCUCUUUUGUUUUAGAAAGCAAUAACAACAAAAAUAUUGACAAAAAUGUUAAAAAUGAUACUACUAUAACUUUUAAUAGUGUGCAUGAUGUUUCUUUAGGUACUAAUGAGUCGUAUAAAAAAGUUACUGGUGAUGAUAGCGAUAGUACUGGUAGUAGCGAUGGUAACAAUGGUGGUAUCAGUUGUGCUAGUAGUACUAGUAGUGGUAAUAGCUCUUUUAAUAAUACAUCUUAUAAUUAUCAAGAAUAUGCUUAUUGUGGGAGGAAUUAUGAUAUUAAUAAUAAUGAUGGAGUGUACCAAUAUCAUUAUCCAUAUAAUAAAGGAAAGAUCAAUUAUAAACAAGAUUGUCGCAAUGGUUAUAAAAAUAAUUAUAAAAACAAAAACAUCAAAAGUGCUUAUUACAAUAACAAUAAUAAUGCUAUUUAUAAUUGUAAUACAUUUCCGAGCAACAACAAUAACGGGAGCAACCAGGAAAAUUUUAUGUAUUUUAGACAUCCAAAUUUCCAGCAGCAGCAGCAGCAGCAGCAGCAGAUGUCAAAUUUUUUUCCCAUACAAAUGCUUUCAGUAUCAUCUUUGUCGUCUGUUCCGCCCCUUUCAUUUGGAAUGGUGCUACCAUCAACAUUUGUGCCGGUGAGUUCCAACAAUAUGCCAAAUAAUAUUGUAUAUAAUAACAGUAAUUUUGAUUUUGCAAAAACAAGAAUUGGAUAUUACGGACAAUUUGCGACCAAUACUAGUGGAAUUACGAGUAACACCAAUACAUAUUAUUACAAUAGUCAUGUGCAUACUUGUGAUAAUAGAUUCGCAAUGAAAUAUGGAAACUAUUAUUAUAAUGAUAAUAUUAGAAACAACUUUGGUAGAAAUAAUAUCAAGUUGAGCAGUAAACAAGGACACAACAGGAAUGAUGGUAAUAUUUUUUAUACCAGUGAAAAAAUUGUACAAGAAUAA